AUGUUCAACCAUGGCGGCGGGCUAGCAGCCGGUUAUGGCGACUUUCCUCCGUGGCAGCCGACCAAUUGGAUAAGCAAUUUUCCUGACCUGAUCAUCGUGAACUUUAAUUACCGUCUCAACUCGUUCGGAUACCUCGGAUUAGAUAAUCUUGGCUCCAAAAUCCUGCUUUGCGCUACAAAUAUUGCCAACGAAGAUGGAGUUCACGGCAACUUCGGGGUUCACGAUCAAAAUGCGGCGAUCGAGUGGGUUUACGAGAACAUCCACUAUUUCGGAGGAGACAACGAGCAAAUUACACUGAUGGGUCAAUCUGCUGGAGGACAAUCAGUCUUUACUCACGCUCAGUGGUCAAAAUCAUCGAAAAUGAUCAAGAACUUCAUCGCAAACUCCGGCCCAGCACUUCUUCCGCCACAUGGUGCUUUGAAAGAAGAUUACUACGCUUUCGGUGAACGAUUUCUUCGCGAUACAGAAUGUCGUGACAAUUUGAAUGUUUGGAGAUGUCUGAGAGGACUGUCAACGGAAGAGUUGAAAAACGCGACAGAAGCGGUAACGAUUCCGAAUUUCUGGACAGAUGGGCUUGGUGCUCUGGUGGAACCGUUUAGGCCCGUGUCUGACCGCCCAGCGGUUAAUUUCACCGUCGCCGGAGAAGACGUCAUUUUCAAGUUUGAAAAUUCAGCAAGUGCGAUUUUCGCUGGGAAAACAUCGGACGCGCCAAUGCUCGUCGGCUGGAAUCGGGAGGACCCACUUGGAUGGAUCGCCGCGGUUUUCCCAAAUGGCACCAUGACUGUUGCGAGAAUUUUCUCCGAAUACAUUUUCGACUGUGGAAAUCGAUACAUGUUGCAAAAUCGAGAUUCAAAUUUGUGGCUUUAUCAGAUGGAGGCGCCAUCUCCUGUUGCAUUUAACGAGACGGGUUUUGAAGGAUGUGACGAAGGAGCUUGUCACGGCGUAGAGCUCUACUAUCUCUUCGGUUCUUUUGACAGACUUUCCCAAGUUUUUCCGGACAUUCCAAAUUUCGAUCCAUCAGAAGAAGCCCUUGAACUAUCGCGCCAAAUGCAAAUUGCAUAUUUAGAAUUUAUGAAAACGGGACAAAUGCUCUGGCCAGAGUAUAAUUUGUCGAGCCAGCUAGUUGCCCGAUAUCAGCUUGGAGGAAUCAAAACGGAGGUUAGACUAAACUCGGAAGUCUGCGAGGUUUUCAAUCGAUUGGAGAAUAAUCAAAGAUAUGAUAGACAUAUCUAUGAAUUUGAAGAGUAA